UUGUCAUCCAAAUGAAAGGACGGCAGUUCCUGGUAUGGAUCCACAGCGGAGGACCGAUGAGGUGGAGAAGGUAAACCUUAUCGACUCCUCUGAGCGGGACCAGUUACUGCGGUUUACCCAGCUGACGGAAAUACUGUAGGAAUAGAGGAAAUAAUCUAAUCAGGAACGUCAGCUAUGAAUGAGGCAGCUGGAGAUGGAGGCUCCUUCUCGUCGAAGGUCAUCAGCAUCGUGUUUAUCAUCCUGCUGCUGGAUCUGCUUGGAUUCACGCUGAUUCUGCCGCUGCUGCCUUCCAUUUUGGAUCAUUAUGCUCAAGCAGGGGAUGUCACGUAUCAGUCUCUGCAGAGUGUGGUGGACUGGUUUAGGGAGGCUGUUGGGAUUCCUAUGGAAAAGAAAUACAACUCUGUUCUAUUUGGAGGUCUGAUUGGGUCGCUGUUUUCUUUGCUACAGUUCCUGUCCUCGCCUGUAACGGGCGCUCUAUCUGACCGUCAUGGCAGACGACCUCUCCUCAUUCUCACCACAGUAGGGCUGGCGGCCUCCUACGCGGUCUGGGCGGUUUCCCGGAGCUUCUCCAUGUUCCUGUUGUUUCGGGUAAUUGGGGGCAUUUGUAAGGGAAACGUCAGCCUCUGCACUGCCAUCAUGGCGGACCUGCCGUGUCCAAAAGCACGGAACAGAGGAAUGGCAAUGAUUGGUGUUGCCUUUUCCUUGGGCUUCACUGUUGGACCUCUCAUGGGUGCUUACUUUGCUGUUAGCUCCAAAACAACAGGAAAUGUCUUCUACGAAACUCCAGCGCUGCUCGCCUUGACCUUCAGUGUUGUUGAUAUUUUCUUCAUUUGGAUGAUGUUACCAGAAACGCUUCCUAGGGUUAUUAAGGGUUCACCUUCUCAUGGUGGAGACUUGCUGGACCUUCUCAGUCCAGUCUCCUUGUUCCAUUUCACUGCUGUCACCAAGACGAAGGAACCACCUUCUAAAGAAAGAAUGCAGAAGCUCCAAGUGUUGGGUUUGGUUUAUUUCUGCUACCUCUUCCUGUUCUCUGGUCUAGAGUUCAACCUGAGUUUUCUGACUCACCAGCGCUUCCAGUUUACAAGCAUGCAGCAGGGAAAGAUGUUCUUCUUCAUUGGUGUCAUCAUGGCUUUAAUCCAGGGGGGAUACGCUCGAAGAAUCAAACCUGGGCAACACAUACGUGCUGUUUACAUGGCAAUAAUGAUGCUGAUCCCAGCAUUCAUUCUCAUUGGAUUAUCGUGGAAUAUUGCAAUGCUUUAUAUUGGCUUGGCAUUAUACUCUUUUGCUGCAGCAAUUGUAGUUCCGUGCCUCUCUACCCUGGUCGCUGACCACGGUUCAGCUAAUCAGAAAGGUACUGUGAUGGGGAUCCUGCGUAGUUUGGGUGCGCUGGCAAGAGCGUUUGGGCCGGUGGUGUCAUCCUCUGUUUAUUGGAUUGCGGGAGCACAGACCUGCUUUCUCAUAACGUCAGCCUCAUUUGUGAUUCCACUUUUUCUCCUGAGCAAAGCCCAGAGGUCAAAGGAGGAGUGACCUGCAGAGAUCAAGAUCCCUCUCUUGCUGCCUUAUAUGAAUGUUAUAAUGUUUACAUUUUUUUGGGAGAACGAGCACUGUUUCCAUUUUAUUUUUACUCAGUAGUGAUGUGAGGAUUACUUUUGGUGCAUUGUGCCAAAGAUAAACAUAUAAAACAAAAAGUCCAAACGUAUGCCAAAAUAAAGAAGUAGGUACAGAAUGUUGUGUUAGAAAAUAACUCUGUAUAUUUGCACAUUAAGAUAUCUCCUUUUUAUUGAACACAUGCUUUGAUAAUUAGAAAUUACAUUGUUAGUAGAGUUUGGAUGUCUUCUCAUAAGAGUAUUUUAUCUUAUAGAUGCAGUAUUUUAUAAGUCAGAAAUGUAUUUUUAUGGUCAUUGAAUGUGUUAAUGGUUUAUUUUAUGAAUGUUUGAAAAAGAAACACAUCAUCAACUGGUCAUAAUGGAAUAAUAUCCUAAAGGUGUCAAUAAAACUUUACAGUAAUAAUUUCAUCAAA